AUGCAAUCCGGCAAAGAGUUUGAUAUUUGCAACCCUGCCACUAGUGCCACCAUAACCCCGACGCCCCCAGCAGGUUUAAAAUUACCCAUAUUAGCUGAAGCGUCACUAGAGCAAAUGAACUCUGAAGAGUUGCAUUCCCUCCUAGACGCUGCUAUGGCAAAGUCUGUAACUCAAGCCAUUUAUACUGCUAUGGGGGCCAUGUCAGAUAAUAUCACCCAAUCAAUCCCCAGUGCGCUAUGGCCCACUCAAUUACCGCCUACUCUCACUACUACCCCCCCGGAGAGUAUACCGGUGGCCCCUAGUGGGCAUAAAGCUGCAAAAAAGUCUCGCCACCUGGACGAGGAUGCCUCCAAAAUCAUACAGACGGACAGGGUACAACCUGUCACAGAACCUGUGGUUGCACCACAACUAAGAGCCCCCCACCGGGCAAAAUCGGAACUGGAAGAGGGCAAAAGCCUAGAUUGA